AUGCUGUACCGCGGAAAGGACAAGUACGGUUGGACAUUUACCUUUAAUCUUCCAAACACAGGGCAGCCCGUUCCAAUGACUUGGAGUAAGGACAACAGCGUGGCUAUAGACGGUAUGAAAGCUUCUCGUUUAAGCGAUAAUAACUUCAAGCUGCUGGAUCCAAAUGGCCAGCUCAUGGCAGUCUUUACAAGCCACACCAUGAGCUUGCGUCUCAGUGCCGUUGGAACCUUACAGAUCAACAUGGAUCUCGGCCCCAUGUUUGAGUAUGCCGUCAUCACAACUUUGCUGUCUAUCUACGAUUUUCAGAAGCGCGAGGAAGACAGUCGAUCAAGUAGUGCCAGCACUGCGGGCGCCGCUGCCGCCAGUAGUUGUUGUUGA